CUGGAUAUAAAUGACCAGCGUGUCUGUGAAGGUGUGUUCUCACCACAAACUGGAGCUGAUGAGCAGACUGAGCCUGCAACGACAGAAAAACAACUAAUUAUUACAAAAUUCACAUUUUUUCCAGGUUAACUCUUGAGUUUCUGGACCAGAGCCGAGUCAGAGGAAAUGGAAAGCAUGCAGGAGCUGAUCCCGUUUGCCAAAGAGAUGCUGAGCCAGAAACCGAGCCGAGGCCUGCUGAAGGUCUACCUGCUGGGCUCGGUGUUGGCUGUGCUGGGGACGGCCAUCGGGCUGGUGGAGACCAUGUGCCACCCCUUCUCCUCGGGUGAGCCAGUGGAUGCAGAGAUGCUCCUCAUGAUGGCCCGGGAGCACAGAGACAUUGAAGCUGAGAUAAAACCCCAUCUGGGAGGCCAAAGAGAGGAGGAGGAGGAGGAGCAGGAUGAGGAAGAGGAGAACAGGACCAAGAUCCAGAACCCGACCCCAUCCAAGACUCAUAAACCCAGUCAGAGAAGCAUGGCCAACCGGUUGCAUGCUUCAUAACACCAACAGGGUGACUCUGAAGACUGAAGGUAUUUAUUGGAGACUCCUCCUGCCACACCACCCCGGUGUGCAACCUGCACACCAGACUGAAGCUUCACAGACGAACCAAUCAGAGCGUCCUCAUGAGACUAACUUAUCUUAUCAUAAGUCUAACUUAUAGUAGAUGAUGCUUUCAUGGACUGCCAGAAAAUAUUUUUAAGUAUGUAUUUAUGUUUUGGUCAGACACUGAAGCAUCAGCACACAGUCCUGACAGCACAGACAUUUAAUCUUCUGUAUGUUAAAUGUCAGGUUUGUGGAACUCAAAUAUUACAAGUGAUGAAUACAAGUAACAGCAAACAGAGUGAAACACCCGUCCUCAGUGUUCACAAGAGCUCAGGACGACAAAGCUGAAGAGUCCAUAAACUGCUGUUACAAGCAGUCCUGCAGCACUGCGCUUGGUUUUUAAAGGAGUUCAUGAAAGCAGCAUGUUGUCCAAUCUGUGCAACAGAGAGCUGCAAUGCAGCGCCACCUGCUGUCUGGUGGGAAGAUCUGAGCUGCCACUGCACUGAAAAGGUAGAGGUUUGCUGCAGAUGUUGUGUAAAUACUGUAAAUACUGUCACCUUUUCAUAAUAAUAAAUGUGUUUUGUUUAA